UUUCCAGGUAAUAUCUUCUCCCUGGGUAAAGUGCUCAACUUCUUCCCUGUGGGCGGUGAGAAGGAAUGCCAGCCAACCGGGUUCAACAUCGCCAAAGCAGGGAUUUGUCUAAAUCCGUAUGAUUGUCGUCAGAGAGAUGGCAAAGCUUCAGGAGACUGCGCUCAUGGUUUCGGCGUGUGCUGUGUUUUCGAGGUGACAUGCGGGGCAAUAGUCCAGAACAACUUGACGUACUUCAUGUCACCAGGUUUUCCGGAGUUGUGGAACGGGGACGAGGACUGCACUAUCAACAUCGAACCGAGUCACGCCGGCAUCAUGCAGUUGAGGAUUGACUUCAUACAUUUUACUAUUGGUCAACCUAACAGAACGACGGGGGAGUGUGACGAAGAUGCUAUGAUACUCGGGGAAGGCGCGGGUAGCUUUACUCUAUGCGGACAAAAUCACGCGCAACAUAUAUACUACACUCUUCCAAGCGUCAGUGAAACGCGAGAGGCGGGAGAGCUACCAAGCACUAAAUUAACGCCGUUGGUGAUACGCAUGCGCGGUACAGACAUGCCACGGCUAUGGUUGAUGCGUCUCGCUCAGAUGCCGCUUGCGCAGUCCUCGCCUCACAACUGUCUUCAGUAUUAUACAAAUGAUAAUGGUACUAUAAGAACGUUUAACUUCGCAUCAAACGGACGCCAUCUCGCUAGUCAAGAAUACAGAGCAUGCGUUCGAAGAAACGUCGGAUUUUGUUCGAUCAGAUACACGCCGUGCGACCACCGGUCUUUCAGAAUAGGACCCAGGGGCGAUACUCCUGUGGAAACUGUCACAGAACAGAUGGACGAAAUGAUGCCAGUCAAUCAAGACUCUAUGCCUAGUCAGGAUGAGGAAGAAGGUUCAGGGUCGGAUCCACAGAUAGUGGAUACUUCAACUCCACAACCAAGCAUGUUAUCGAGGAUAUGGAGCUAUAUGUGGCCGUCUUGGGGACAGAGGUCGAUGUGGCACUGGUCUCCAUAUCUCCAACAUUACAACGAGAUAAAACUCAAGUACUACGGCUACGGGAACUACAUCAGCGAUGGGUACGGGAGGAUGAGGUGUAUAGACAGAGUUACUAUACCUUGCGAGAACGAAUACUUUGUUUCGGUGAGUUUGAUGUUUCCGGGUGUCUGCGACCCUCAUCACUGCGGCAGCACGCUGUGUUCAGGUCCAUCUCCGUGUCACAUCGAGACGUCGAUCACACCCUACGCCGUCUCCGUUCACUUCGGACCUCCCACCGUUAAGCCAAAUCCGGAGGACAACAUUGGUAUGUGCUUGCGAUACACACAGAUGCCUUGCAACUCUUGA